AUGUCCAUGGAAUUCAAGGACACUUGCGUAAGGUCAUUAGCGAACGGCAUAAAUGCAGUCAACGCAACCGUUUGGAUUAUCGAGUGUGCACCGGCGAAACAUCGCGGUCGGAUGGCUGCACUUCAAGAGGUUUUCAUGGCGACUGGCAGUCUUUUGUGUCAAACGGUUGGUGUACCCUUCUCAAAUGAUCACUAUUGGCCAUACAUUUUUAUGCCACCAGUUUUAAUUGCAAUUUUUACAACCGUUCUGUUUUGCUUCACAUGGGAAUCACCACAGUAUAUCGUCACUACAGAGCAUGACUUAGAAAAGUUUGUGCCAUAUAUUGUCAGUGAUCACUGUCGUGUGGAUUAUUUGAAGGCCCGAAAUGCACUUGCAUUUUAUCAUGGCCAAGAGUGCAGCAGUGCAGCUAUUGAUGCCGAAUUGAAAUUAUGCGAAGAAAGUUCAGUGAUUAAAAAAGGAACGACAGGAAAUAAAAAUCAUAAGAAAUCGGAUGAUGACGAGAUGCGAGUAGAAUGUGAACAUGACGGUAUAACGGUUAUGUUUAACAUUUUCAAAGCAACAGAUCCGUUAUCAAGAGUGAUUCGUUAUGGUGCAUGGAUUGGUGUUAUGGUUAAGGUUGCAUACGUUUUCACAGGUGCACGUUGCCUAAGGGCAUAUAGCACUUUUGUGCUCCAUUAUCUCGGCCAUUGGACAUUAUCAGCUGCACUGUAUGGUUCAUUCGCAAUCGGCCUUUUACGUGUGCCUUUCACCCUUAUACCAGUGCUUCUGGUGGACAACGUUGGCCGACGUCCGCUAAUCGUAAUUUCAAUGGUCAUUUCACUUAUCACUCAAAUUGCAAUCAUGUUUUUCAUCGAAAUGGGCGACAACGGCAAGAUCGGUGUUUUGCUAAGUUUGUGCACGUUGUUAAUGGUGAACGCUUGUGGACUGGGCUCAGUUUCACGCUUCUAUUCAGCAGAACUUGUACCGCGAUAUCUGUUGCUCAAUUCGGUUGCCAUAUUAACAAUUUUCGAAGGCAUUAUGAAGAUUGCCGUCGAAUUCACAUUUUAUCCAAUCGCCAAUAUUAUUGGUGGUCCAUCGAUGUUGUUAUUCGCGGUUCCGACAACGCUUUUCGUCGUGUUUGUUUGGUACUUGUGUCCCGAAACAUGUGGCAGGCACGUUGCAGAGAUUCUCAAUGAAAUUGCAAUCACACAAGGUUUAAAGGUCAAUCUCAAACUGAGUGUGUGA